UUUUACAUCCAUCAACUUUGAGUAUAUUUUAUUAAUAGUGUUCGACUAAUGUGUAAUCAGACUUAAAAAAAAUUAUAAAAAUAAACAUUUUAAUCACUAUUAUAGAUAUAUAGUAUUUGUGUCUUAAUUAAUACAGCCAUAUUUUAGUUAUUAUUUUUAGAAUAGGUAGUUAAGAGAAGUAAAUCAUAUUAUGGAAGACAAAAAAUUAAAAAUAUUAGUUUGCUGUGGCGUAAAAGGACAAUUUAGAGCAUUUAUUAAUCAUAUUGAAGGACUAUUUUCUAAAAAAGGAUCAUUUGAUUACGUGUUUUGUAUUGGAGAUUUUUUUGGGGACGAUGAUUCAGACUCUAAUAAAGAAUGGGAACAAUUUAUAAACACAAACAAAAUUGUUUCAGUUCCUGUGUAUAUAUUAGGACCAAAUAAGAAACAACAUGAAAAGUAUUAUCACAAUUUAAAAAAUCAACAAUUGGCUCCAAAUAUAUAUUACUUAGGUAAACAUGGAGUUUUCACUACAACUGAUGGAUUAAAAAUUGGUUAUGUCAGUGGUAUCCAAAGCAGUAGUAAAUCAAAUAAUGAAGAAUUCAUGUUCAAUUAUGAUUCUCUAGUACAAUUUAAAGAUUCAUGUCAUAGAUCUGGUCAUGUUCCUUUGGAUAUUUUGUUGACAUCGCCUUGGCCAACUGAUAUUUGUAAUAAAGAACGUGUAGAAGGGAGUAUAAAGGACAAUUUAUUAGAUAAGAAUCUAGAAGCGCCAUUGUUGUCAUGGAUUGCAGAUAAUUUAACUCCGCGCUAUCAUUUUGCAGGAAUGCAAGGAUUUUUUUAUCAACGUAGUCCAUACAAAAAUCAUAAUAGUAAUGUCAUAACACGGUUUGUUGGCAUUGGUGAUUAUUAUAAAAAUAAGCACAGUAAGCAAAAAUGGUUGUAUGGUUUUGUCAUAUCACCUGGAAGUAUACAACACAAAAUGGAUUAUACUGUAACUGAUUCUCCAUACAUAACUGAUACAUCCCAAUAUACCAUUGGUUCUGCACCUAAUAUAAAGCAAUACUUUUAUAAUACCGAAUUAAACAAAAAUUCUAAUAACUUUGUACCUCACAAAAAAAGAAAAUAUGAUGGACCUACAUCACAUAAAGCACUAGAUAUUGAUGCACAAUCGUGUUGGUUUUGUUUAUCAAGUAAAAAUGUUAGUAAACAUAUGAUCAUUUCUAUCGGAAAUUCGGUAUAUAUAGCUGCAGCUAAAGGUCCUUUAGUCGAGAACCAUAUAUUAUUGAUACCUAUUGAACAUAUUAAAUCACUUGCAAAUGUACCAUCUGCUACAGAAACCGAGAUUAAUUUGUUAAAAAGUUCGAUAAAUCAAUAUUUUGAAAGUAUAAAUCAAGCUGUAGUUUAUUUUGAACGUAGUAUUAUGUCAGCUCAUUUUCAGUUACAAGUAGUACCUGUUUCUAUUGGAGUUGUUGAUCGUCUAGAAAGUGCAUUUAAAAACAAAUUUGAAGACCAUAACUUGAAUUUGGUGGAAUUACCUCCAGCAGCUUCAUUACAACAAAUUGCUAAAAAAAGUAACGGGCAAUACUUCUAUUUGGAACUGCCAAAUGGAAAACGUUUUUAUCAUUGUGCGGCCAAAAAAACGGAUCAACGAUUUCCUAUACAAAUUGCUAGAGAAGUAUUGGCAUCUUCAAAAAUAUUGAAUGUUAAAGAUCGUAUCGAUUGGAAAAAGUGCGAACAAACUGAAAACGAAGAGGCAAAUGGAGUGAUAAAAUUUCGUAAUUCAUUUGCACAGUUUAAUCCAAUUAAAGAUUAAUGAUUAGAAAAUCUGACGAGUGGCUGAAAUAAAUAGUUCCAAAAGUUUUAUUCAAAUCAGCUUCUGAUAAACAAACAUUAAACAAGCAAGGAAGCACACACUUUUUGGUUGAUUUUGAUUUCCAGAUUUGACUACAAUAAUUUAAGAUCGAUAUUGUAUAAAAAAAAAUCACAAUAAAUAUAAUAUGCAAAUUUGUGAUACUAUAUU